AUGAUAGCUACAACAAAUAGGGUCUUCGAUUAUUUCACUACCAUAGGCAUUGAUGAUAAAUUAAUAGAGACUCAUAGAUCUGAGGAAGAUCUUCCAUUGAUUGGGCUAGAGGUUAUAUAAUUAAGUUCUGGUAGCUUUAAGGAUACAUAGACUGAAAAAUAUGUAGAUAUUUUGGGAGAUAAAAGUUUAUGGCUUAGGUGCUACUAUGGUAAAGAUAAACCAGCAAUUACAGAGAUAGGAGUGUAUUAUUUUAAGAUUAUAGAUGGGGGAAUAGCUAUUAAAGCAAAGCAUAAUUAUAUUCCUGUUUCAAUUGUAAAAAGUAUAGAAGAUAGGCAUCCUCAGACUACAUAAUAAACGGUAGAAGGAUUUGAUUACUGGAAAGGAAAUUUCGAUCUAACUUAAUUGAUUUAAGCUGACUAUAAACCAGGAUAUGCUUUUGCUAUGUCAUAUAAGGUUUAAAGCAAAAACAAUUUCAAUACAUAAAUUUUAAGAGUAAAAGUUAUCACAGCUAAAAUUUCAAACAGUAAUAAACUUAAAAGUGGAAGUUUGCAUGUAGUUGUGCCUAUUUAGCAUGAAGUUAUUAAUUUUUCAUUUGGCCUUUAGGAAUAAAAUAGAGUGUUUUGCCUUCAAAGAGAUUACGAGAUAUAAAACAAAAGAUAUAAGCCAGCAGUACUUGAUAGGUACCCUUUAGCUGAUCAUAUGCAUACUCCUUUUCCAGAUGCUGUUUCAUAGUUCUGUUUUCCAGAAGGUGUGAAAUUCAAAAGGGAUAAUUCAACUUAACCAGAGUGUUUUAAUUUUGUGCUAACUCUAUAAGAUGGAUGCAGAAUUUACUGCACUUGUUUAAUUUUUAAUGAAGUUCCUGAUCAAAAAGUGAUAGAAUAACUAGGACAUAUAAAAAUUGAUGACUAAACUCCUCUUUUUGUGUAAAAGGCAAUUUGCUUGAUUUCUCACUAUAACUAUUUUGAUGAGUAUAAACAAAUAUUAAAGCAUCUAUAUAGACUAUCCUUAUCAAAGAAUGAAAUACCUAUUGAAAGAUUUAUAUGCAAUAUAGUUGACGAUAUUAGAUUGCCUUUAGAAAUAACUGAUUGGGGAAAGCUAGGAAUUCAAUAUGAAAUAGGGCCAGAAACUGUUAUUUUUGGGACUUCUCAUAAAUACCCACCAUUUAGUGCAAAAAGUCUGCUAACUUUAUUUAGACUUUUGGAUAUAGAUAAAAUUAUUUUCCUUUUUGAGUGUAUCUUAUUAGAAAAAAAACUAUUCAUCAUAAGCAAGUAUAAGUCCGUUAUUACUUAAGUGGCAGAAGCUUUAAUUAGUCUUAUAUUUCCAUUUUAAUGGAAUCAUGUAUACAUUCCUAUUCUUCCUGAUAUGUUUAAAACUUAUAUGGAAGCUCCUCUUCCUUUAAUCAUAGGGCUAGAGCAAAAAUUAAAAAAUUUUGAUAUAUCUUCUGGUAUCUAAUCAGAAAGUAUUUAAGCCUAUUUAGAUAGUAACGACUUGAUAAAUAUUGAGUGGAUGCCUGCCCUUCCAGAAAAAUUUUUGAAACAACUCAAAAAAAGAUUGCAACCUUAUUCUAAUUUGCAUUUGCCUAUUUAAGAUGUAAAAAAUUUCUUAGAUAUGCAAGAUUUGGCAUUUGAAAAUCCUUUUGCUGAAGAUGAAAUACCACCUGUUAACUUCGAUGCUUUUGACAUAAGAGAUUCUUUCUUAGAGUUUGUCUCUUCAUUCAUGAUGAAAUAUAAAAAGUUUUUAAUUCCUCCAGAUAAAAAGAAAUCAAACAAAGAAAUGAGUGAAAUAUUUGACACAAGAGAAUUCUUAAAUUUCCAUAAAUCUUCAAAACAAGGAACUUUUCUUUAAAAAUUCACAGAAACUACAAUGUUUUCUUACUUUAUCGAGACAAGAACCUAAAUUUCUCCCUUCGAACCUUAUUACUAAUUUUUUGAUAUAUGCUUAGAAAAAAAGAGAAGUAAAAAGGAUCCCAUAUUAUUUGUAAAGGAAUAGCUCACCAAAACUAUAUUUGUACAACAACCAAGCGAAUAAGACUUAGAUAAGUCCUAGUAUUAUUCUUAUGAACGAUUCCCCAAGUUGAAACCUGAGUUAUUUACUAAAUGCCAAAAGUUAGAAGAAGUCAUAAAAGCUGAAUUUAAUUUGAUGGAAAUAGAACAGUAACAAGAAGAUACAAGUUAAUUCGAUGAAUAUAGAUGGGCUAAAUAUUUAUAUGAGUAGAUAUAUUAUAUCUGGUUCUAAAUAUUUAUAGUGAAGUUAAAAUAAGACUUUUUUUCACCUUACUACACCAAGCUAACUGAUUAUGCAAUAUUCUUAUUAGGUUAGUUGAGAAAAAAAAACCAUGCUUUAACAGAAAUUAUGUACAGAUUUGUUAUUGAGGCUUGUGGAUAUUAUGGUAAAGAUGAUAGAGUUAUUGAAUUAGUUUAAUAAAUGAAAGAAUAAAAAAUCGAAACAUCUCCUAUUACUCAUGGAAUCUUCUUUUAAGCAGUCACUUAAUCUAAAGAAUAUUUUGCCGCUCAGGAGGAAAUAAGAAAAAAAGUAUUUGAAAACCAAAUGACAAUAAUCGAAGAAGAUUCUAAAGAUAAUGAAAAUUAAGAACAAAAAAUUGCAAAAGGACUGAAUAACAUAAAAUUAAAUGUAGGAACUUAAAUUUAAUAGCAAAAUUUUAAAAGCAAAUUUGAUAAUAUUCUAUUUACAAUUAUCGAGACAUGUCCUAAUUGUAACAGAAAUCUCUUCCCAGAAGAAAUUAUAAGUAAUUGGAAAAAAGGGAAUACUGAUUAUAGAACGAAAUGUCCAAUACCCUCUUGUUCUCAUGAGUUUGUAUCAAAGUUUUAAGUUGUUACUUUAGAGGAAAAGUAAGGGAUAGAUAUUACUAAUGUUAGUGUUUAUAAUAACUUAAGAAAGUAAGUGGAGUUUUUAUCUCCUUUGAUUGUAAGAAAAGAAAUUGAAAAUAUAAUGAAGUAGAAGGGCUAGAGCUCAAUUAUGAGUAAUAAGUUUGAAGAAGAACACCCUAUAAUUUACUGGAAUAUCAUACUUUAUUUUAAGUUAAUAAGGGCACCAACAUUUUUCUUGGAAUUUAACUAACCUGAACAAUAUUAUAAUUACCAUGCUAUGCUUUGUGAAAAAAAAAUACAGGAUUCAAUAAAAAAUUAAGAAAAAGGUAUUCUUUCUAAAAUGAGUGAAUAUUUCUUUUAAAAUAAAAAAGAGGAAGAUGAUAAAACAAGCCAUUCUUCUUUUACUCAUUUAAGUCCUCCUCAAGACAACGCUUCUAUGGGAUCAGUUGGUGCAAGAAAAGAUUAAAAAGAUUCAGCAAUUAUUAAUUUUGGAACAAAGUCAAUUAAAAAAAUAUUUACUCAGUUGCUGAUAAAGCUGAGAAAAGAUGGAGAAAAUAAGUUACAUGAUCUAGAAUUGAAAAAGUAAAGUUAAAAUUUAAUAGCUGAGGAGUAAGGAAAGAAUUCUGAGAAGAUGGACAUUCCAUCAGAAAGAUAAUGA